UGGUAACACUUUUCCUCAGUUCCUCAGCUAGCAAGAAUCAGUCAAUUGUAGUGAACCAAGGCCCUAACCGUGACAAUAUGGACAAUUCCUCGGAUGAUGAGGUGUAUGAAGAUGCUUAUAAUGACGUUUGUGAUGAUGAAGGCGUGUGCACAAGCUCUGACCAAUUAAAUGAAAAGGAGGAUAUUGCCGUUGAAGGAGUGGUUCCUGCACCAGGUGAAAUUACAGUACAGUCAAUCUCUGCCAACUCUGUGACUCUCAUUUGGGACCCUCCUGACAAUAUAGACACUUUUGAAUUGACUUACUCAACCGGAACCCUGACUAUUUCAGACUCCAACAUAGCAGAGUUGGAAAACUUGAAUCCAGGGACAGAGUACACCUUCAGCAUUGCCUCAGUCAGUCAGACUGGAGACCGGAGCAAAGACGUCACAGUAGCGGCGUGUACAAAACCUAACCCACCAGAAAAGAUCAGAACUGAGGACAUCAGAAGUACCUCGGUUACUCUUACUUGGGAUGAACCAGCCACUGCCGUAAAGGAAUACCAUUUAACCUGUAAUUGUGAUAGACAGAAUAUUCAGGACAAAACAACAGAGCUCUGUACCAUUACCUUCCACAACUUAAGACCUGGGACUCUAUAUUCCUUUCACAUUGCCACUGUGCACAAAAAUGGGAGUAAAAGUAAGGAAGCUGUGACAUUUGCUCUGACAAAAACCCACCUCAGCUGUUUCCUAAAUGAUCUAGGGUUACAGCAACACUACACUGACAAACUCUCUCUGAGCACUGUACUGCAGAUUGAUGAGAAGUCCAUCACAGAUGAACCAGCUCAGUCAGUAUCAGAUCUACCAUGGUGUUUCCUGAAGAGGCUGAUGAUGGUGAAUGUUACUGCUAGGAGUGUGAAAUGUGUCUCAUCAGUUGAUGAGACAGCAGAUUCAUCUGUUUGGGACAUCGAAAGUCUGGUAGUCCACCAUGACACAACCCAGGUGGUAAAUCCUUUAGACAUUGUAACUGCUCUUUUUCUGUGCUCGGACAGUUUUCUUCAACAGGAAAUUGCCUUGAAAAUGUCUAUGUGCCAGUUUUCUGUGCCAUUGCUUCUGCCAAAUUGUGACACACAACAGAGCACUUUCAUGCUUUGGGCAAUGAGAGAUAUUGUGAAAAAGUUUAGACCCCAUUCACUAGAGGAUCCUAGAGGAUUUGUGGAGGAAAGAAUUGUUGUCUCUAAACUGCCACUGGUAUCUUUUGUAAGACUUGGUGAAUGCAGCCUUUCCAAGUCACAAAUCUUGAAUAAGUUGCUUAGCAACCCUCAGCAAUACCAUGACACCUUUGUUCACCAUGAUAUGGAUUGUGGUGACAGCCCACGAAGGAUAUCAAAUGGCUUGGUGGAAAUCAGCUGGUAUCUUCCAUGUGGCAACAAAAACAUUGACAUCUUUCCAGAACCUGUGGCUGUGGCUAAUUUAAGAGGUGAUAUCAGUACAUUUGAGGCUCAAUAUUCUUUCCUGUGCCAGACCUCUGCAGCUGUUUUUGUGUUUUUUGACAAUUUGGACACAAAUUACAGGCUUCUGACCAAUCAGCAUGUUAAAGCACAACUGUUUUUAGUGGGUAACACACAGGACAAAGCAUUCAACAUGGAGAUGUUGAAAAAAACUGUUUCUGAGAUGAAUCUAAAAAAAUGCAAUGUAAUCCUGAGGACUAAACAGAACGAUGCUGAUUUUGUAAAAAAUCUGCGUUCCACUGUGAGUGAUGUAGUUAAGAAUAGUCCAUUGAAGAUGCGACUGGAAGAUAUGGCCACAGUGGCUUUUGAGCUUGGAAUCCAUGUUGAUGAGUAUGGCAAAGAAUGUCAGAAUGCCAAAACAAAUGCAGAUGCAAUCACAUCAGUGAUAAAGGACACAGGGGAAUUUAAAGAACUUCAGCUGCCCUUACAGGGAAAGAUAUGGAGAGAGCUGUCUAAAGUAGAGAAAGAAGAAUGCCGAUUACGGAAAGCAGGGGAGCAGAAUAUCGAGACUUACAAAAGUGAUCUUCAAACACAGAAGAGGAAACUUAGGCAAGAGCAGAUUAACUGUGAAAUGUCAGAGGCAAUGACAUGUUUCAUUAGUGCACUAUCAAGUCCAGGCUUGGAGAGAUCCUAUUUCUUAAAAUGGAUGAGGAUGAAUCUGGACAAUCUCUCCCGCAAAAACCUCUCUGGCCUGCGAGAACUUUAUAAAGAGAAAUGUCAGGAUUCUUCGGAAAACAAGGAAGUAAUUGCCCAACUGGACAGACAGAUCUCAAACAGUUCUUUGGGAACAGAACAUUUCUUACGUGAAAUGGGCCAGCUAUAUGAAUCAGCUGUUUCUCUUCAAGAAAAUGUCCAGUCACGACAGCAAAUGAUGCACUUACCUACACUCUGUGCUGAACUGUUGCUAGAUGGUUUUCCACUUGAACUCGUGGAUGGAGAUGCAUCUAAUAUACCUCUUAGGUGGGUUAGGGAUGUUCUGUACCAGCUGAACGCUUUGGUGCAGCCUCACAAUAAGAUCUUGGUGGCGACAGUCUUAGGAGUCCAGAGCACAGGAAAGUCCACUCUCUUAAACACAAUGUUUGGGGUGCAGUUUGCAGUUAGUAGUGGCAGAUGCACUAGAGGAGCUUUCAUGCUCCUUAUUAAAGUUAAAGAUGAUCUAAAACAAGUUCUACACUGUGACUUUAUAGUUAUCAUUGACACAGAAGGACUGAAGUCACCAGAGCUGGCUCAACUUGAUGACAGCUAUGAGCAUGACAAUGAGUUGGCCACACUUGUAGUUGGAUUGAGUGAUGUGACAAUUAUAAACAUUGCUAUGGAGAACUCCACAGAAAUGAAAGACAUUCUGCAGAUUGUGGUUCAUGCCUUUCUCAGGAUGAAGGAAGUGGGCAAGAAACCCAAAUGUCAGUUUGUGCAUCAGAAUGUGGCAGAUGUCUCUGCACAUGACAAGAACAUGAGAGAUCGCAAAAUACUGUUGGAGCAGCUGAAUGAGAUGACACAGGCAGCAGCUAAGAUGGAGAACAAGGAAGAGAAUCGGAAAUUCACUGAUGUGAUGGAAUAUGACCCAGAAACUGGUAACUGGUACAUUCCUGGACUCUGGCAUGGAAAUCCUCCAAUGGCACCAGUCAAUGCUGGCUACAGUGAGGCUGUCUUUGAAUUCAAGAAAAGCGUGGUAGAAGUUUUUGGAAAAUGCAAGCAUAACAUAUCAGGAAGCAACAUACUGGAAUUUAUGGAAUGGACAGGAAGUUUAUGGAAUGCAGUGAAAUUUGAGAAUUUCAUUUUCAGUUUUAGAAACAGCAUUGUGGCAGAUGCAUACAUGAGGUUGUGCAUGGAAUUCAAUAAAUGGGAAUGGGCAUUCAAAAAGCACAUGUAUACAUGGUUAACAAGUGCUGAAACCAGAGUGUCCAACUUUCAGAUGAUUAUGAUGGAAUUUGGCAUGUCAGACAUGCAAGAGUUUCAGUUCAAACUGAAAAAUGAAGCCAUCACAGAGCUUGACAAGGGGGAAAAGAUCAUUCUGAAAAAUUUAGUCAAAUACUUUGAGCAAAAGGAGGGACAUGUAUAUCUUGUAGAGAAGUACAAGGAAGACUUUGCAAACAGUGCCAAAUGUCUAAGAAGAGAUAUGGAGAGCUCUGUCAUUAGUAAACUGCACAUAGCAAUUGAAAUCAGGAGGGGAAUGAAUAAGUUGGACACAAUAAAGAAAACCCACACUGAUACAAUGGAGAAGAAAGUGUUGAAACUCCUUGAAAAAUUCCACAAGCACAAGUCCAAAAAAUCUGACCAGGAGCUUGAGAAAAUAUUUGAAGAAAUGUGGCAGGAAACUGUAAAUGAGCUCUCCUUUUCUGGAUUGGAGAAAAGGAACAUUGUGGGCACUGUCUUCAGUCAACUACGAUCAAAUUUGAAACAGAGAGGGAGCUUAGUGAAUGAAAAACUCAGUGGAGUGAACCUGGAUCAAUUUGGAACCAAACCCUUUGUGGUUACCCCCAGCAAUUUUUUUAAGAAAUGUGUGCGCCACAUUUACGUAGAUGAACAUACAAGAAACUUACAGGAGAUGGCAGACAGUCUCAUAGAAGAAUGUCUUCAGUUUAUUUCUGAGAAGGUUGGGGUUAAAUCAGAUUUUAAUGAUGGCUAUAUUCAAGAGAUUCUACACCUGAUUGACGAAAGGUUAACCAACAGCAUCAGUCUUAGAUUUACUAAUGUAUUCGAGAUUGAUCUUAAGCUACACAUUUGUGGGCAUGCUUCUAGAGAGUUCCAGAAAAUGCACGAGUGUUUCAUAGAAGAAAAUGACCCACGCAGAUGCCUUGACCAGUUCAAAGACAAGUAUUGUGAUGAUUUCAAGGAUUUGUUUAAUGAACGUGACCAGUGUCAGAGGAAGGCGGCAGAAUUUGCAAACCUCUGCCUUAGCCCUGCAGUAGAGGCUUUCAUUUCAAGCUCUCUGGGCCCAGACAUUGUUGAAGAAAUGUUGCGGGGGAAGAAUGCAUUUCAGUUUAGCACUCGUGCCUUUUUCCAAUACUCGAUUUUGACUGAAUUGCUCACUGAGAGCAAGUUUGAGAGCUAUGUGAGGUACAUUUGCUCCUAUGAGCACUUCGUCAAAGAGUGGAUAUUAGGUAAAAUUUUGGAGAAUUUUUCAACAAGGCAGAAAAUUUUUGAGCUAGAGGAACGUUAUCUGAAAUCAGUUAUUAAAGAAAUUAUUGAAGCCAUUACAGAAGCACAAAGAAAAACAGAUGAACAGAGCAACAUAAAGGAAUUCAUCCAUCAUAUUUGCCUGGAGCUUAGAGAGAAGCUUGUCAUUCCCAAGGAUGCCCUGGAAACCAUUGUUAUUUUUAACAAGUCAAAUUUGGAACAAUUUUCCCAUUGGCUCAAAGUGUCAGUACAGGAAAUGGAGCAGUCCUUGAAAGCAAAGUUUUUGAACGGGGACAUACAGGAGAAGCUGAAAAAACUUAAAAUCAAACCACAGGAUGAGCUCUUCAAGAGAGUGUUUGGCUGUGGGAAACAGUGUCCAUUUUGCAAAGCACCAUGUGAGGCAGGAGGUGAGGCCCAUACAGAUCACUGUGCUUCAAUUCACAGACCAAAGGGUCUUGGCCGUUACAGAUUUGAACGAUCUGAGGUGUUAGUGACUGACAUCUGUUCCUCAGCUGUGUUCAGUGAGACACAAUUCAGGUGUUAUGAGACAGAGUACAAGUAUCAUCCUUAUAAGAAAUACAGAGAGAUCUUUCCCGAUUGGCAUAUUCCUGCAGACCCCAGCAUUGAAGCUUCAGACUACUGGAAGUAUGUGAUGGCACAAUUCAACCAGCAAUUUGCCAAAGAAUACAAUGCUUGUCCUGCAGACAUUCCUACUGCCUGGAAAAGGAUCACAACAGAACAGGCAAAAAAAAGCCUGAAGGAGUCAUUCAGCAUUCAGUAA